AUGUUGGAUGCUAACAGCACAGGCAGUGUACCACUGGCUACCCAAAUUCCUUUGACAUUUUUAAUGUCCGGACUAGCUUUUGCUAUAAUGCUAGGCAAUGCUGUGGUCAUUUUGGCUUUUGUGGUGGACAAAAACCUUAGGCUUCGAAGUAAUUACUAUUUUCUUAAUUUGGCCAUUUCUGACUUCUUUGUGGGUAUGAUCUCCAUUCCUCUGUACAUCCCUCACACACUAUUUGACUGGAAUUUUGGAAGUGGACUCUGCAUCUUUUGGCUCAUCACUGACUAUCUUUUGUGUACAGCAUCUGUCUACAAUAUUGUUCUCAUUAGCUAUGAUCGAUACCAGUCGGUCUUGAAUGCUGUGUCUUACAGGGCUCAACACUCAGGGACCCUGAAGAUUGUUGCUCAGAUGGUGGCUGUUUGGGUGCUGGCCUUUUUGGUGAAUGGGCCAAUGAUUCUGGUUUCAGAGUCCUGGAAGAACAAGACUAACACUAAGGAAUGUGAGCCUGGCUUUGUUUCAGAGUGGAAAGUCCUGGCCUUCACGUCAGUUUUGGAAUUCCUGCUCCCUGUCAUCUCAGUGGCCUAUUUCAACAUACAGAUUUACUGGAGCCUAUGGAAGCGUGGGAAUCUCAGCAGGUACCUUGACCAUCCUGGGUUCAUCUCUGCCUCUUCCAGUUACUGUGCACAGUCAUCUAGAGGUGGGUUGGUUUCCAGGACCUCUCUUCCUGCACCAAAGGAACCAGCCACGUUUCUUCAUUCAGGAGGUCCACGAAGAAAGAGCAGCCUUCUGGUGUCCCUAAGAACCCACAUGAAUAGCAGUAUAAUUGCCUUCAAAAUGGGUUCCUUCUCCCGAUCAGACGCCUUAGCUCUGCACCAGAGGGAGCAUCUCGAACUGCUCAGAGGCAGGAAAUUAGCCAGGUCUCUGGCCAUUCUCAUAGGAGCUUUUGCCAUUUGUUGGGCUCCGUAUUCUCUGUUCACAAUUGUUCUUUCAACCUAUCCCCAAGGGAAACGUCUGAAAUCAGUCUGGUACAACAUUGUGUUUUGGCUUCAGUGGUUCAAUUCCUUUGUUAAUCCCUUUUUAUAUCCCCUGUGUCACAGGCGUUUCCAGAAAGCUUUCUGGAAAAUAUUUUGUGUGAAAAAGCAACCCAUCCCAUCACAGAAUCGGUCAAUAUCCUCUUGA